UCUCCAGCCCUCCGCAGCUUCACAUGCUAAGCAGCAAAUGAUGGGCAAAGCGGAAGACAGCACCACCCUCAUGCCCAGUGAGCACCUGCCCUUGCUGGACAAAGCAGCCCCCAGCACCACCUACCUGAGUCAGGCAGAAGUGGCCGAGCAGGGUGGUGCUGCUCCCUGGCCAGGGCUCCGCAAAGCCUUGAUCGGCCUGCUGGGGGGCCUCCUCGCCUGCAUGCUGGCCCUGGCUGUUGCCCUGUUGCUUGCGCUGCCCCGGCCCCACCCUCCCCUGGGCUGGUGGCAGAAGGCUGCCUUCUAUCACCUGCCCCCCUCCUCGUUCCCGGACUCUAACAGCGAUGGGUGGGGAGACCUGGCAGGCGUGAGGCAGGAGCUGGGCUGGCUGGCGGCCCUAUCCAUCCAGGCCCUGGUGCUGGGCCCCAUCCUCGCAGGCAGAGGAGCCAACCUGACCCAGAUUGUCCCUGCCCAUGGAUCCCUGGCACAGCUGCAAGCUCUGGCAAUUGAUGGACACAAAAGAGGAAUCCGAAUCCUGCUUGAACUUCCAAUAUGGGAAGAAGAGAUGGAUGUAACAGCUGAGAGCAAUCAAACGGUCCAGCACCUCAAAGAAGCCCUACAGUUUUGGCAGUCAGAAGGCAUGCAUGGAUUUUUGGUGGCCAAGGAUCCUGCCUGGCGCCUCGUCACGGUACUGAGUGCCUGGCGUGCCCUAGACAGCCAGAGGCAGACCGAUCCACGGGAGGAGCGGGCCCUGAUCGUCUGGGAUGAGAGUGAGACCUGCACUCCUUCUCACGGGAUGCCCAGCAGGGUCAUCCUCACCUGCCACCUGCCAGGAGCUCAGAAAAAUCUCUCUGCCCAGGCUCUGCUGCAACUGGUGCAGGGAUCCCUGCAGCCUUCUGGCAUGCCAUGGCCCAGCUGGGCAGUGCCCAAAGGGUUCUCGCCUGUUGGUGGCUUGGGGAAAAUGCUCGGGGUGUUGCUGUUCACCCUUCCAGGAGUGCCCCUGGUACAAGGGGGGGCAAGAUCACCACUGCCGCUAGAAUAUGAGCUGAUGGAAGGAAAGCCCAGCAGAGCCCCACUGGCAGUCCUGUACCAGUCCCUCCUGGCACUGCGUGCAAAGUCCUCCUCCCUACAUGACUCCGACUUCACCCUGCUGCCCCUCCCCAACCACGCCGAGGACGUCGUCGCCUUCCUCCGGCCAGGCCCCUGCUCCAGCCUUCUGGUGGUCUUGAACCCGGGGCCGCAGCCCUGCCAGCUCAGCCUGAAAGAACUCAGCUUCCCAGGCCAGGCCAAGGUGGUGCUCAGCACCCACCCCACCCUCCAGGAGGAAGCCAGCGUGGAGGCGGUGAGGCUGGUGCCGCAGCAGGCCAUUCUGCUCCAAGUGCCCCGCGGAUACUGGGCGUGAUCAGCUGCCAUGGAAUUCAGCUCCACGGGAGGCACACAGCCGGUGGCCAACAGAGUAAGAAAGGAACUUGUGCUCCCCACCUCGCACCCCGGCUGUGGGGUUUGGGCCAAUGUAUGUGAUGCUCCUGCCCCACUGGCUGCUGUACUCAUUUGUCUGCAAAUUAGUAAAGUUGCUUGACACAAUU